AUGGACAAGGAGAGGAGGUCGCCGAUUUUGCUGGCUGCGCUUAGAGGAGGAUGGAGGACGGUGCAUUCCCUUAUUAGGUUAGGAGCCAAUAUUAAUAUCAAAGAUGUGAACAAAAGGAAUGUUCUCCACUUAGUGGUGAUGAACGGUGGAAGGUUAGAACAAUUUGCAGCAGAAGUAAGUGAGGCCAAAUCGAAGGAGAGCCUCCUUCAGCUAUUGAACGAGAAAGACAUCACCGGGUGUUCGCCUCUACAUUACGCCAGUAGAGAAGGCCACAUCCGGAGUUUGGAGAACCUCAUCAGACUAGGUGCCUGCAUCAACCUAAAAAAUAACAACAACGAAAGUCCCCUGCAUUUCGCUGCGAGGUUUGGGCGCUACAACACCGUGAAGCAGCUAGUCGACUCUGAGAAAGGCACCUUCAUCAUCAACGAGAGCGAUGGAGGAGGGCUCACGCCGCUCCACAUAGCUUCGCAGCAGGGACAUACCAAGGUGGUGAGGCUGUUGCUGGACAGGGGCGCGCUGCUACAUCGCGACCACAACGGGAGAAACCCGCUCCAUCUAGCGGCCAUGAACGGAUACACACAGACGGUGGAGCUGCUGCUUUCCGUCCAUUCGCACUUGCUGGAUCAGACGGACAAGGACGGGAAUACAGCUCUUCACCUGGCCACAAUGGAGAACCAGCCAAACUCCAUAGCUCUUCUGUUGUCGGUCGGAUGUACACUCCUAUAUAACCAAAUGGAAAUGAGUGCAAUCGAUUAUGCUAUCCACUACAAAUUUCCAGAGGCAGCUCUAGCGAUGGUUACUCAUGAAGACAGAGCUCAAGAGGUCAUGAUGCUCAAAUCCAACAAACAUCCCUGUGUAAUCUUAGCCCUUAUAGCCUCUAUGCCAAGGGUAUUCGAAGCUGUCCAGGACAAGUGCAUAACCAAAGCAAAUUGUAAAAAGGACUCAAAAUGUUUUUAUAUCAAGUACAGCUUCCAUUGUCUUCAAUGUCCUUAUUCAUUUACUGAAAAUGAAAAAAAUACAGAUCCAUUACCAGCUCUGAAUGCGAUGGUGAAUCACGGACGUGUAGAAUUGCUAGCUCAUCCUUUGAGCCAAAAAUACCUUCAGAUGAAAUGGAAUUCGUACGGGAAAUAUUUCCACCUGGCUAACAUCACUUUCUAUAGUAUAUUUCUUGCCUUUAUUACUGCAUUCGCUUCGCAGUUGAUGCAACAGAAUAGUCCCGACAAUUAUGUGAACAAUACCAAUCUGACCCAUUCUGAAUACGUCUCUCUCAGCAAAUCUAACAUCCUUAACGUCGAUGUUAGUCGUAUGAUGGUGAUCAACGCCUUGGUGAUAAUAAGCUACAUCGGGGUGAAUUUUUUCAGAGAGUUUUUCCAGCUCUAUCAACAGAAGUUCAUAUAUUUCAUGGAUCCAAUGAAUAUCGUCACGUGGUUCCUCUAUUUUUCGACGCUGGUUAUGGUAUUGCCUAUAUUUGGGGGUGAAGUUUGCGACAUUCAAUUCUCAUUCGCCUCACUAACCGUAUUCCUGAGUUGGUUCAAUUUACUUUUGUUGCUACAGAGGUUCGACCAAGUGGGAAUUUAUGUCGUGAUGUUUCUGGAGAUACUGCAGACGCUCAUCAAGGUGUUGAUGGUGUUUUCCAUAUUGAUUAUAGCGUUUGGCUUGGCAUUCUAUAUCCUACUAUCAAGGGGUGAACAUUUGUCAUUCAAAACGGUACCGAUGUCAUUGAUCAGGACGUUUUCGAUGAUGCUGGGAGAAAUCGAUUUCCUGGGAACAUACGUCAAACCAUAUUAUAUAACAAAUGAAGUGAAACGAUAUUAUAUGACAAAUGAAGAAGAACGAUCAUUUCUGCCUUUUCCGAUACCGGCAUUCCUGAUACUAGGCUUGUUCAUGGUCUUAAUGCCAAUCCUACUGAUGAACUUGCUGAUUGGUUUGGCUGUUGGAGACAUCGAAUCUGUUCGAAGGAAUGCUCAAUUGAAAAGGCUAGCUAUGCAGGUAGUUCUUCAUACAGAAUUGGAAAGAAAAUUGCCUCAAUGCUUGCUUCAGAGAGUUGACAAACCCGAAAUCAUCGAGUACCCUAACGAAAUAAAAUGUAAACUAGGAUUUUUCGAUUCUUUCCUGCGCAAAUGGUUCGGUAGCCCGUUCUCAGAUGAUGGGCCUACGUCAACCGGCAACAAGUUUUACAAGCGUAGAAUUUAUAGAACUGGACUUGAUAUGGUAGUGGACAGCGGAGAAGACUUCAUUGUUUCGCAGUUAGAAAAGACUAAGAGAAAAUUACGGGAUAUUACCAAUACUCUAGAAGUACAACAGCAGUUUCUUCGUCUGAUCGUACAGAAAAUGGAGAUAAAAACUGAGGCUGACGAUGUAGACGAAGGAGUACCUCCAAACCAACUCAUUCCCGCCAAUGGUUAUGCUAGCAAAUGGACAUCACCAAAGAUUAGAAAGAAACUAAAAUCAGUUUUGAACUUUUCGAAUAAACCCAGUCCUUAG